AUGAGCGGCCGAGGGGAAGGAGCCAACCAGCCGUCCACCUCUGCCCAGCCACCACCUGCAGCCCCCCCGCCGCAGAAGCGAGGACGAGGCCGCCCCAGGAAGCAGCAACAAGAGCCAACUAGUGAACCCUCUCCUAAAAGACCCAGAGGAAGACCAAAAGGAAGCAAGAACAAGAGUCCCUCUAAAGCGGCUCAAAAGAAAGCAGAAGCCACUGGAGAAAAACGACCAAGAGGCCGGCCCAGGAAAUGGCCACAACAGGUGGUUCAGAAGAAGCCUGCUCAGAAAAAACUGUGGAUCCAUUGCCAGAGAAAUAGAAGACAGAGGAAGAGACUGAAGAAACAUCUUCACAAGAAUCUGCAGAGGAAGACUAGGAGACCGCAACACUUCAUUUCUACCUCAUCAGCAGCUGGGUCUCUGGAAGGAAGACGUCAAUGCCAUGACCACUUAUUUUCUAUUGCCAUCUUUCCACUUUUGCCUGGGGGGGAAACAAAUUCUUGACCUUAAAAAGGACUGUAUUAACCAUCUUCUUUGCAAUUCCUUUACAGCCCCAGGGUUAAUGAAAAACUGCUGUAACACCAGGGGGACACAGAUUAACAA